AUGGCCUUUGCUAGAAACAUAUCUAGGAAGGAAAAGGAAAACAGCGAAAAGUAUUUAAGUAAAAGCGCCUGGACACCCAUGGCGAACGGAUCGUCAAAUCUUAAAGUAUUUGAAGAAAGAAAAACUCUAAUUAGCCACUGGGCAAAUCCAAGAAGUUUAUGUCGAGUUGCUUCUACUUGCUGGAGAUGGAAAGAUAUAUCCGAAUUAGAUAUAAUCUGGAAGCAAAAGUGUUUAAGAUUUAGAUGGGAUCUGCCUGAGGAUAAUAAUAACAUAAAUCUUAUAAGAAAUCGAUGGAAAGAACAUUAUAUUAAUAAAGUGCAGCAAAUGAACUACGUUGCAGCAGCAAAGUCAUCUACACCACAGCCAGUAAAUACCUUACCUCAAUCAGAACAAUCGCCAGGAAUCAAAAAGAAAAAAUCUGUUAAAUUGAAUAAAAAUGUAAAAGCGAAUCAAAUGGAACCGUUGCAAAGAUCAAAUAAAAAAUUGAUGGAUGAUGAUAAUAAAGAUAACAAACUCCCGCCUUGGAAGGGACCCGAUCGAAAGCCUACCGAUGCUCAUCGUAAAAUUGCAAUAGGCCAGAAAGCUCAAAGGAAAUCUGUACCGUUAAUGUUGCGUUCUGUAACAGCACUUAAAUCAUCACUAAAAGAGGGUAAAAAUGAAAAUGAACUUGUAUCUAAGGUAAGCACUUCUAAAAGAAUCACUUAUCUGUUUUUGAAGCCAAAAGUUAAACCUACUAAAGAAAAGCUGGAUAAUUUCAAAUUAGCAAGAAAUCUCCCAAAUCAAUCAACUGUCAGUAGGGCAAGUACACCAGGUGAUUCCUUCUUUAGCAAGCAAGCAUGGGAAAUUGCUGAUUCAGAUUCGGAUUAA